AGGUAGCAGCAGUACAUUUACCGCUCAAAGUGCGUCCGGAGCGUAAGGCGUGGGCGUUGGAGUCCUGACUCAAAAGAUACCCGAUCCUCUGUGUUUUUACCGGGCCGACGGUCGUUUCGCAAGGGCUCGGCAAGAUGAGUGACAGGAGUCGACUAACGGGAAAGAUUGCAGAUGAAACUUUGAUUGAGAUGAGCCGGAACUCCCUAUGUGAUGAGGACAACAACGGCUUCCCCCACGACCCUGAUGACUAUCCCCAGCCUGACGCUUCCGGGGUUGACAAGCAUCAACAGAGUAAGGACUCUGUGUUCUUCCGUGAUGGAAAGAGGAGGAUUGACUUCAUCCUGUCCUAUGUGGAUGACCGAGACGGAGAGAGGAAACAGGAGAGGCGGAAGGAGUAUGAAGCUAACCUACAGAAGGCAGGUCUGGAGCUGGAGACAGAGGAUCAAUCGGAGUCAGAUGACGGUAAGACAUACUAUGUGAAGAUCCACACUCCAUGGGAUGUGCUGGCCACCUAUGCCGAUGUCCUCAAGAUCAAGGUUCCCUUCAAGGCCAACGACAUCCCCGCCCACAAGGACAUUCCCAUUAACUGGCUGUUCACUCCCUUCCGUCUACCGAACCACAUUAUGAAUCCUGAACCAGACUACUUCACCUCACCCUUCAACAAGGAAAAGAUCGACUUCUUCCUUAUCGAUGACAAGGAGACCUUCUUCCCUCCCUCUGUCCGCAACAGGAUAGUGUAUUAUAUCCUGGCCCGCUGUGCGUACCACAAGGAGGACAGUGAUGACAAGAACAAGAAGGGCAUCAAGCGUCUGCUCAACAACGGGACCUACGGGGCUGCCUUCCCACUACAUGAUUCUCGGUACUGGAAGGCAUCCAGAGACCCCAACAGUGAGAGUGAGAGAUUCAGCCUCUACAGACACUGGGCCCGGUUCCUCAGUUUCUUCAAAGAGCAGCCUCUCAAUUUGAUACGGAAGUAUUACGGGGAGAAGAUUGGGAUCUACUUUGCCUGGCUGGGUUUCUACACUGAGAUGCUGUUCUUCGCUGCGGUAGUCGGCCUGAUCUGUUUUCUCUAUGGAUUGUUCACCUUCGAUGACAACAUCUGGAGUAAAGAAAUCUGCAGUGAGGAGAUUGGAGGCAACAUUAUCAUGUGUCCACUGUGUGAUAAGACGUGUGGCUACUGGAAGCUCAACUCAACGUGUAACUCAUCCUGGCAAUCGCAUAUGUUUGACAAUGUGGGGACAGUUUUCUUUGCCAUAUUCAUGGGGAUUUGGGUGACUCUGUUCCUGGAGUUCUGGAAGCGCCGGCAGGCCCGGCUGGAGUAUGAGUGGGACCUGGUGGACUUUGAGGAAGAGCAGCAGCAGCUUCAACUACGACCAGAGUACGAGAUCAAGUGUACCAGCCGCAGACUCAACCCCGUCACACAGGAGAUGGAACCAUACUUUCCCGCAAAAUCCCAGUGUGCUCGUACAUUCCUGUCUGGAGCCACCGUCAUAUUCUGGAUCUCCCUGAUCAUAGCGUGUAUCAUCGGGGUGAUAGCGUACCGUCUGGCGGUGUACGCGGCGUUUGCUAGCAUCAUGAAGGACAGCCCCACCAAUAACAUCCAAAUGGUGGGCUCCAUCAUCACCCCUCAGCUCGCCACCUCUGUCACCGCUUCCUGUAUCAACUUCGUCAUCAUCAUGAUCCUCAAUGUGAUGUAUGAGAGAGUGGCCAUCUGGAUCACUGACAUGGAGAUUCCCAAGACGCACCUGGAGUACGAGAACAAGCUGACGGUGAAGAUGUUUCUGUUCCAAUUCGUCAACUACUAUUCUUCCUGUUUCUACGUGGCCUUCUUCAAGGGGAAGUUCGUCGGCCGUCCCGGAGACUACAUCUACAUGUUCGGCUGGAGCAAGCUGAGGAACGAGGAGUGUGACCCAGGUGGAUGUCUCAUUGAGCUGACCACUCAGCUGGUCAUAGUGAUGGCAGGCAAACAGGUGUGGGGUAACAUCCAGGAAGCUCUGGUCCCGUGGCUACUGAACUGGUGGGGGAGCCGUAAAGCCCGUAGCCACCCUGAGAGCCUGUACAGCCGCUGGGAGCAGGACCAUGACCUGCAGAACUUUAGCCAUCUGGGUCUUUUCUAUGAGUACUUGGAGAUGGUGAUCCAGUUUGGUUUCAUCACUCUGUUCGUGGCCUCCUUCCCUCUGGCUCCCCUGCUGGCGCUGUUGAACAACAUUAUAGAAGUUAGAGUGGAUGCCUGGAAGUUCACCACCCAGUUCCGCCGGCCCGUGGCGGCCAAAGCCCACAGCAUCGGAGCCUGGCAGGAAAUACUGAACGGAGUUGCCGUUUUCUCAGUCGUCACCAACGCUUUCAUCGUAGCCUUCACAUCAGACAUGAUUCCCCGGCUGGUGUACAUGUAUGCUUACAGCCCUGGCAACGAUCUCUCUAUGAAGGGCUACAUCAACAAUAGUCUGUCCGUGUUCAACAUCUCUGGGUUCUCUGAGGAGAACCGGCCUGAUGACGGAGAGAGCCCUGAAUGGUUCAACAGCUCUGUCAUCACCACCUGCAGGUACCGUGACUACCGCUACCCACCAGGCCAUGAGAAGCAGUACACUCACACCAUGCAGUUCUGGCACAUCCUGGCUGCCAAGCUGGCCUUCAUCAUUAUCAUGGAGCACGUGGUGUUCAUGGUGAAGUUCUUUGUGGCGUGGAUGAUUCCUGACGUUCCCGCGGAGGUGAAGGCCAGGGUCAAACGGGAACGUUACCUCAUCCAGGAGUACCUCCAUAACUACGAGGUGGAGAAUCUGAAGAUCCAGCUAAGCCACAGGAACGAUGACUGCUCCUCCAACCCCGUGGACUAUCCCGACAUACGCCGGCGCGAAGUGUUGUCCGAGUGUCUCUAGCACCCGUCCUCGCCCUCCGCCCACUCAUUUGAUUUUGGCUCGUGUUCAUUAGGGCACACAACGGAAAACUUUUUAAAACGUUUUUCAACAGGAAAUUUAAAUUAGCGUUUUGUUAUUGGACAAGUCCGAGAUAGGACAAUUCCCAGUUUUGUUCCGUUUGGUGCCUAAUGAACAAGACCCCGUUCAGAUUGGGCUGGGGCCUGGGCUGGUCUUAAGGAGAUUCUCUAUAAACUACCCUGAACGGUGGGAGAUCUGUACGGGCUCUGUCUGCUGGUGGAGUGUAGAGGGAAAUCCUCACAGAAAUAGCGCUUUGAGUACCUCAGUUGGUAGAAAGGGCACUAUAUAAAUCACAUUCAUUAUCAUCAUCAUCAUUAAAUACAAGACGAUACUGCAUAUAGUGUGACAUGUUUAAAGCAGUGCCAGAUCUGCCCAUGUGUGGUCUAUGGAUUUCAGAACUCAUCUUCAAUCAACCACCAUUCACUUCCAUUCACACUAACAUACUAAGGCUGUGUUUACACAGGCAGCUCAAUUCUGAUCUUAUUUUUUUUUUUUUUACACUAAUUGGUGUUUUGACCAAUCACAUCAGGUCUUUUCACAUAAGAUUUUUUUUCAGAGCUGAUCUAAUUGGUCAAAAGACCAAUUAGUGGGGGGAGAAAACAUCAGAAUUGUGUUGCCUGUGUAAAUGCAGCCUACUAGAUGCAGACUACAGCAAUAGAGUCCUUCUGACUGACAAUAUGGGGGAAGCGGGGAGCUGGGAAACAUGGCUGCUUGCAUGGCUGUACCUGUAAUACUCUUGAUUUUAAAUCACCGGUGUUGGGGCGGUAAAGCAUUACAAAAUAAGGCGUUAGAGUACUCAGAAUACUUUUUUUGUGGUAACGAGUAAACUAACGCGUUCGUUUUUAAAUGUAAGUAGUCCGUUACUUAGUUACUUUUUCAAAUAAGUAAUUUUACAAUAUUAUUUCUCAUUUUCUUUGUUAGCUGGUAGUUAGCUAGCGAGAUGGCAAAGACAACAGCCUUUAUUGUGGAAGUAUUUACAUUAGUUUGAACUGGUAGAAGAAAAUGACAGACGUUACCCCUUGACUCUUGACUGAAGGCGCUUGCAGGAUUCACACGCCUCCAGGAUUUUUCUCAUUUAUUGUCUUGUAAUAAAACAAACCGCGUAGCGAGGUUAUCAAGUUAGGCUCAGUCGAUAAGAGUGGACAUUUAUCCUGCUCCGUCUUCACCAUUAAUUAUACAGGAAAGGGCACUACAAUUGCACAAUGUAAUCGUAUAGUUUCAUAAAAUCAAGUUGGUAUCUGUGUGUAAUAACAGAUUGGUAGCCUGAUGUCGUUGAAUUUGAGCUGACCUUUUACUGAGCCCAGUUGGUUUUAUAUAGGUAUUUGUAAAUGAGAUAUUGCGUCUUGUCAAUAUUACUUGAGUUAGGCUACGGACAUUAGGCUAUGCAAGCCAUUCAAAGGUAGUGUGCGCCCUCUACUGGGCAUAAGAAGGAAUGACCAACACGUACUCGUUCUCUUCAGAGGGUUGUUUUUGGAAACGCAAAAGUUACUUUCCGUUCUUUUAAUGCAAGUAACGUUAUAACGUAACUCAUUUCUUUUAAAAGUAACAUUCCCUGUAAAUCGUUAUGUCCAUUUCAUAUUCAUAUCUCCUCUCCCUUAUAAAUGCAAUCUCUAUUAAAUUAUUGUACUCUGAAGAAGUGAUGAGACUUUGCUGGUCAUUCACGAUCACAAUGCUGUACAAACACUGUGUUAAGGCCAGGCAGCUUUAGCUAGCUCUCAGCCUAUCACACCAAUGCAAUCACUGUGUUCGUUUUGAUACUAUAAGCAACCAAAGACAAAAUGCCUUAAUAUUUGUACAAAUUCAUUGUUAAAUGAGUAAAGAGGCUACCGUUUGUUAUAUUUUGAAGUAAUAUCAGUUGAACGUUUCAACGUAUUUACUAAUUUUCUGCAACUAGCCAACUUAGCUUCUGUCCAAGGCCAAGUAUCAGACGAUAUGUGAAAAGUAUUACUUUAUUCACAUAUCGUCUGAUACUUGGCCUCAGCAAUCAUCUCCUUAUUUCAGAAGUCAGGAUUUGGGCAGGAGAGGAGAGUGGGCAGUAGCAGCUGGUGUUUACUGUUGACUGUGUGUGUUCUGUUCUUUAAAGAUGAGUGUGAGAGAGAGAGAGAGAUGAAAGAGAGGAGAUCAAUCCCUUUUUAAUGUGCCUCUGUUUACCCCAUCAUUAGCACUAAUGACAGCUUCGCUUGUCCUCACCUACUGGGGCUAGUCAUGUCCCUCAUACCGCCAUACCUCACUCACUCACUCUCCUCUCUCACUCUCCUCUCUCUCUCUCUCUCUCUCUCUCUCCUUCCAUCCACAACAC